AUGGGUUGUACGGCCUCGUUAAAGACAAGAAGCCGCGGACGUGGCCAAGUCGGAGGCCUGCUUCUCUGCCCCUCAUCUCCAGCCCUCUUCGGCUUCAUCCUUUGCUCGUUCGUCCCUCCACAUCCCAUUCGCUCUCUUCUGUCCAGCCUCGUUGGGUUUUGGGUCUUUUGCUCCCUUUUUUCAAUCGCUCCCUCUUAUCCACUUGCCGGUCAGUCACUUGGACCGGACCUCGAGACCCCACCGGCCAUCGUCACGCCAGUUUGA